AGGGAAAAAUCAGCAAGAAAACAAAAAGGAAAAAUAAAAAAUAUAGAAAGAAAAUAGACAAAUUGGCGAAGAUCUCUCUCUCUCUUCUCUCUCUCGCUCUCUCUAGGGUUCGUUCGAGUUUGACUGCAAGAUGCCAAUCGCGUGAGGAACCCACAACAGUGAGCCGAGUGGGGGAGGGGUCCGGGUCGACUCACCGAUUCCUCUCUGACGUCCGAGUCCUUUUACGCCGAAGGAAACUCACUACGCCAGUCCGAAAACCUUUUCUAGAGAGAGAAAAUAUUUGGUGGAAGGUAGAGAGAGAGAGAGAGUGACUGGGUGUCUGUGUCUGUCUCUGUGCUUGUGUGCCCGCCUGCAUGGGUGGUGGAAGCCGUUGGUUGGGUUUUAAACGUUGGGAUCGGAGCUGAACAGGGGGGGGGGUUUCCUUCAAAUUUUGGAGGGAUCUGACAUUUUUAGGGUUUUGGGAUUUUCUGUUGAAUUGACGUUGACAGCAGCAGAAGCAGCAGCUGUUGUUCCUGGGCGUCCCGUAAUUGCAUGCAGACCGCCGGUAGAGGCAACGGGCCCGGCCGGAACCCGCCGGGCCGGGCCGGGUCCACUUCCGCCGCGGCAUCGCCGUCGUCGUCCUCCUCCGCCGUGUCUGCCUCUCACCUAGGGUUUGAUUCAACUCAGCAGUUACUCCAACAACCUUUUCUCAGAAAACCAGAAGGGAAUGAAGCCUUUCUAGCGUAUCAAGCUGGUAGUUUACAAGGGGUGGUGGGAGGGAGCAACUCAUUUCCAUCGCCAGGGUCCAGCCAACUGCCUCAACAGUCUCGGAAGUUAGAUGAUUUGGCUCUACAACAUGUUCCCACUGAGGAUGGAUCAACUAGGAGGCAGUCUGUUGAGCAGCAAGUGUCGAAUCCCAUGCAUCAAGCUCCCUUUCAGUUUGCUUUUCAGGCUCCACAGAAGUCUCCCUUAAUGCCGCAACCAUCACAACAAGCUAAAAUGGACUUGUCAGGCCUUGCACCUGGAAAAGAUCAAGAUGUGUGCAUGGCAAAUGUGAGAAUGCAGGAGCAUACUGCGGGUUCAACUGCCAGCGAAUCUCAUGCAUCAUCUUCCAAGAAUCCAUCUGAACAGUUUGCUCAGAUGAGACCAAUGAUGCAGUCAUCUCCUAUGGGACAGUUUUCACCUGCAAGUGCUGCGAGGCCUCCACAAAUGAUGCAGGCUCAACAAUUUGCUCAGAGUAUGCAGAACAACCAGCUGGCCGUGGCUGCACAGAUGCAAGCAAUUCAGGCAUGGGCACGGGAAAACAAUAUUGAUCUAUCACAGCCUGCAAAUGCCAACAUGAUGGUAAAGCUGAUUCCUCUCAUGCAAGCCAGGAUGGCUGCGCAGCAAAAAGCAAAUGAAAACAAUCUCAAUGCCCAAUCAUCACCCGUUCCAUUGUCAAAGCCACCAGCUGCUUCUCCAUCUGUGGCAGGUACUAGUUCUCCUCAUGUCAAUUCACCUAAUGAAACACCUACACAGUCGGCCUCUGGUAAAGCUGCGCAGACGGUUCAUGUUGGCCUGAAUUCUGGCCCUGGAAUUGUCAAGAACAAUAACAUGGUGAUGCAGCAGUUUCCUGCUCAUAUGAGGGACAACCAAGUUUCGUCUUCAGGAAAAUCAGUAAUAAUUGGCAAUGGAAUGCUGCCUAUGCGUCCACCUCAACAGGCUGCAAAUUCUAAUCAGAGUGUAGACCAAUCCCAGCAAGCAAAAAGUUCAAGCGGUCCUGAAGGUUUUCAAGCUCAGUAUCUCAGGCAGAUGAAUCAUCCUCAGCCUCAACCUGUAGUUCCUUCACAGGAUGGAGUGCUUCCUAUGCGGCCCCCUCAACAGGCUGCAAAUUUAAGUCAGGUUGCAGACCAACUGUCACAAACAAAAAGCCAGUUAAAUGGUCCUGAAACUUUCCAAGCUCAGUAUCCUAGGCAGGUAAGUCGGCCAUCACCACAGCCUGCAGCUCCUUCACAUGGUGGAGGCUCCAACAAUUCUCUCCCAUCCCAAGAAGGAGCAGCACAACAGCGUUUUGGGUUUACCAAACAGCAAUUGCAUGUCCUUAAAGCCCAAAUCCUGGCGUUUAGAAGAUUGAAGAAAGGAGAAGGUACUCUACCACAGGAGCUUCUCCGAGCUAUUGCGCCACCCCCCCUUGAGUUGCAGCUGCAACAGCAGCAGCAGCAAGUUAUUUCUCCAGGAGGAAAUGUUCAGGAUAAACCUGCUGGAAAGCUUGUUGAUGAUGGUGGAAAACACUUGGAGUCCAAUGAUAAGGAUUGCCCACCUUUGCCAUCACUUGAUACAACAAAACGUCUCAGAGAUGAAGCAGAUGCUGAGGAGAGAGCUACUGCCUCGGCAGUUCACAUGCAAGGUGCAUCAAUUGUUAUGAAGGAACACUCUCCUGCAGCAUCUGUCGGAAAAGAAGAGCAGCAGCCUGCUGAGAUGGCUGUCAAGUCUGAGCAAAAUGCUGUCCAGAAAGCUCCUAUUAAAAAUGAUUUUACUGCUGAUAAAGGGAAAGCUGUUGCACCCCAAGUUGCGACACCUGAUGCAGGGCAAGGUAGUAAUCCACAAGCUAGCACAGGUCCCCAUCCAAAAGAUAUGGGUGCUACCAGAAAAUAUCAUGGGCCGUUGUUCGAUUUUCCAUUUUUCACCAGGAAACAUGACUCAUUUGGGUCAGGGAUGAUGAGCGGCAAUAAUGAUCUCACAUUGGCAUAUGAUGUCAAAGAUGUUCUUUUUGAGGAAGGUCAGGAAGUACUUAACAAAAAGAGGUCUGAGAACAUGAAAAAAAUUGGUAGUCUAUUGGCAGUUAAUCUUGAAAGGAAAAGAAUUAGGCCUGAUCUUGUUCUGCGGUUGCAAAUUGAAGAGAAGAAGCUUCGCCUAUUAGACCUGCAAGCGCGCUUGAGGGAUGAAGUUGAUAAUGAGCAACAGGAGAUAAUGGCAAUGCCUGAUAGGCCAUAUCGUAAAUUUGUUCGCUUGUGCGAGCGUCAGCGUUUCGAGAUGGCCCGUCAAGUACAAGUCUCUCAAAAGGCUGCGAGAGAAAAACAGUUGAAAUCCAUCUUUCAAUGGCGUAAAAAGCUUCUUGAAGCUCAUUGGACCAUCCGUGAUGCAAGAAUUGCACGCAACAGAGGAGUUGCCAAGUAUCAUGAGAGAAUGUUGAGAGAGUUUUCAAAGAGAAAAGACGACGAUCGGAAUAAGAGAAUGGAAGCAUUAAAGAAUAAUGAUGUUGAGAGAUACAGGGAAAUGUUACUGGAGCAGCAGACAAGCAUUCCUGGUGAUGCUGCGGAGAGAUAUGCUGUUCUUUCGACAUUCUUGACUCAAACAGAAGAAUAUCUCCAAAAGUUGGGAAAUAAAAUAUCAGCAGCCAAAACUCAGCAGGAAGUUGAGGAGGCUGCAAAUGCUGCAGCAGCUGCUGCACGAUUACAGGGCUUAUCAGAAGAAGAAGUGAGGGCAGCAGCCACAUGCGCAGGAGAGGAAGUAAUGAUACGCCAUCAGUUUGUUGAAAUGAAUGCUCCAAAGGACGGUUCCUAUGUUAACAAGUAUUAUAAUCUUGCUCAUGCUGUUAAUGAAAGGGUCCUAAGGCAACCAUCAAUGUUGCGGGCUGGAACUCUGCGAGACUAUCAGCUGGUUGGGUUGCAAUGGAUGCUUUCUUUGUACAAUAAUAAGCUUAAUGGUAUCUUAGCAGAUGAAAUGGGACUCGGCAAGACUGUUCAGGUUAUGGCUUUGAUUGCCUAUUUGAUGGAGUUUAAAGGGAACUAUGGACCUCAUCUUAUCAUUGUUCCUAAUGCUGUGUUGGUAAAUUGGAAGAGUGAGUUCCAUAAUUGGCUUCCUACUGUUUCGUGCAUCUUUUAUGUGGGGGGAAAGGAUCAAAGGUCAAAAUUGUUUUCGCAGGAGGUUGCUGCCAUGAAGUUCAAUGUUUUAGUGACCACUUAUGAGUUUAUUAUGUAUGAUCGCUCGAAACUCUCAAAAGUUGACUGGAAGUACAUCAUAAUUGAUGAGGCACAGAGGAUGAAGGAUCGGGAAUCAGUGUUAGCACGGGAUCUCGAUAGAUACCGUUGCCAAAGGCGGCUACUUCUCACAGGGACACCACUUCAGAAUGAUCUGAAAGAGCUCUGGUCCCUUUUAAAUCUUCUACUUCCUGAAGUUUUUGAUAAUAAAAAAGUUUUCCAUGAUUGGUUCUCUAAACCUUUCCAAAAGGAAGGCCCUACUCCAAAUGCUGAGGAUGACUGGCUUGAGACUGAAAAGAAGGUUAUCAUUAUCCAUCGGCUCCAUCAAAUUCUUGAGCCAUUUAUGCUCAGGCGCCGUGUUGAAGAUGUGGAAGGUUCUCUGCCUCCUAAGAUCUCCAUAGUUCUCAAAUGUAGAAUGUCUGCAAUUCAGAGUGCAAUUUAUGACUGGAUCAAGUCUACUGGCACUCUUCGAGUCGACCCAGAAGAUGAGAAACGCAGAGUCCAGAAAAAUCCAAUAUACCAGGCGAGGAUUUAUAGGACUUUGAAUAACAGAUGCAUGGAGCUCCGUAAAGCCUGCAAUCACCCUUUGCUUAACUACCCAUACUACAGUGAUUUUUCAAAAGAUUUUCUUGUAAGAUCUUGCGGGAAGUUGUGGAUCUUGGAUAGGAUCCUCAUCAAAUUGCAGAGAACUGGUCACCGGGUGUUGCUCUUUAGCACCAUGACAAAACUGCUAGACAUAGUGGAAGAAUACUUGCAGUGGAGGAGACUUGUCUACAGACGAAUUGAUGGAACAACGAGCUUGGAAGAUCGUGAAUCAGCAAUUGUGGACUUCAAUAGCCCUGGUUCUGAUUGCUUCAUCUUUCUGCUCAGUAUUCGUGCUGCUGGAAGAGGUCUUAAUCUUCAGUCAGCUGAUACAGUUAUAAUUUAUGAUCCCGAUCCAAAUCCUAAAAAUGAAGAGCAGGCUGUUGCCAGGGCCCAUCGCAUUGGGCAGACAAGAGAAGUCAAAGUCAUUUAUAUGGAAGCAGUUGUUAAUAAGAUUUCCAGCCAUCAGAAGGAGGAUGAACUCAGGAUUGGUGGUAGAGUUGAUUUGGAGGACGACAUGGCAGGCAAGGAUCGAUAUGUGGGAUCCAUUGAAAGUCUUAUCAGGAACAAUAUACAACAGUACAAGAUUGACAUGGCUGAUGAGGUUAUUAAUGCUGGUCGUUUUGACCAGAGGACAACGCAUGAGGAAAGACGCUUAACUCUGGAAACAUUAUUGCAUGAUGAGGAGAGGUACCAGGAAACUGUGCAUGAUGUUCCCUCACUGCGGGAGGUAAAUCGUAUGAUUGCUAGGAGUGAAGAAGAACUUGAAUUGUUUGAUCAAAUGGAUGAAGAUCUGGACUGGACUGAAGAGAUGACAGAUCAUGAGCAGGUGCCCAAGUGGCUUCGAGCUAGUACAAGAGAGGUCAAUGCAGCUAUUGCUGCUUUAUCAAAGAAACCAUCUAAGAAUCCUCUCUUUGUCAGCAGUGCUGGAAUGGAAAGCAAUGACAUGGAUUCAGAAACUCUGCAGACUGGGAGAAAGAGGGGGCGACCAAAGGGUAAAAGUAAUAUUAAUUACAAAGAAUUGGAUGACGAUAUUGAAGAGUACUCUGAAGCAAGUUCUGAUGAGGGAAACAAAUACUCUGCACGUGAAGAAGAGGGAGAAGUCGAGGGGUUUGAUGAUGAUGAUGACUAUAAGAGUGCUGCUGGGCAACUACCAAAUAAUAAAGACCAGUCCGAAGAGGAUGUUCCGACUGGUGAAGUGGGUAACGAGUAUCUUUGGGGACCGGAGAGGGCAAAAAAUAACCAAAUGCUUGAAGAAGGCACUUCUUCAGGAUCAUCUGCGGAGUCUCAGAAAUUUAGGAUUCCAUCUCCUGUUUCUUCACAGAAAUUUGGAUCUCUAUCAGCAUUAGAUGCUAGACCCACUUCUCUCUCAAAACGGGUGUCAGAUGAACUCGAGGAGGGAGAGAUAGCCGUUUCAGGAGAUUCUCGUUUGGACCGCCAACAAUCAGGAAGUUGGACUCAUGACCGUGAGGAAGGUGUCGAAGAUGAACAAGUUUUGCAACCUAAGAUCAAACGGAAGCGUAGCAUUAGGAUGCGGCCUCGUCAAACUAUUGAAAGGCCAGAAAAGUCCAUACCACCGGCCCAACGUGGAGAUCCAUCUUCAUUAGCAUUCCAGAUAGACCAUAAGUACCAGCCUAAGUUGAGGAAUAACUCUGAAGGUAACAAGUUCAUAGAGCCUGAAGCUGUAAGGCAUGGUCAGAGUGCCCCCUCAUCGAAAAGUAAGCGGCUGAUGUCUUCAAGGAGGAUGUCUGAUACAUCCAAGCUGCAUGCUCUACCAGAGUCUGGUGGCAGAUCAAGCUACCCUCCUGCAGAUGCUAUUGAUCAAGGCUCGAAUUGGGAUGCCAGGGGUGAUGGUGGUCAGGUGUCUGAUGCCAUUCAGAGAAAGUUGAAGAACGUGGUCAACAAGCUUCAUAGGAGGAUCGUCAAGGAAGGCAGUGAUGUUGUUCCUCUGUUGACUGAUCUUUGGAGAAAGAUUGAAAGUUCUGGUUCUGCUUCAAAUCUCUUGGAUCUUCGAAAGAUUGAUCAGCGUGUUGACCAUAUGAAGUACCAGGGUGUGAUGGACCUUGUGGAUGAUGUCCAGUUGAUGUUAAAAGGUGCCAUGCAGUACUAUUCGUUUUCUCAUGAGGUGAGGUCUGAAGCCUCGAAAGUUCACGAUCUCUUCUUCGACAUAUUGAGGAUUGCAUUCCCACACACAGAUUUCCGACUAGUCAGAAGUAACAUCUCUUUUUCGGCCCCUGCUGCUAGCUCCGGUUCUGGUCCACGACAUGCAGCUGUCGUGCAAGGCAGGAGACACAGGGCAAUCGAUGAGGUUCAAGUUGAUCCCAAUCCUCCGAUUAAGUCAAACAGGCGUGGGGCUCCUGCUUCGGCCAGUGAAGAAGGAACGAGGAUUAGAGUACAGUUGCCCCGAAAAGAAUCGGGCCAAGCAGGUGGACAGACUAGUGGGAGGGAGCAGAGUACACAGGAUAGUUCGCCACUGCUUACUCAUCCUGGGGAUCUGGUGAUCUGCAAGAAGAAGAGGAAAGAGAGAGAGAAGACAUCGGUCUUGAAGUCUGGGGUGGGCCCAUCUCUACCUGGUUCCCCUGCGAGCACUCCUCGUGGAAUGAGGAGUCCCACCCUGUCUUCUGGUCCGAGGGAUUCAAAAUUGGCCCACCAUCAGCCUGCACGUGUGCAGGGAUGGGCAAAUCAGUCCACACAGCCUGCUAGCAGUAGUGGUGUUGGUGCGAGUGUUGGAUGGGCAAAUCCUGUGAAGAGAUUGAGAUCAGAUAAUGGUAGGAGGCGGCCAAGUCAUUUAUGACCUUUUGAAAGGUCAGUAGAUGGUCCAAGUCAGUUAAGUUUCAAUGCCGUCGAUUGAAAAGGUUGGUAGACUGAGAUUUCUACCCCUUAUUUUUCUGGUUGACCGAUAAAACAGAUGUUGACAGUGCAAGAAUAUCCUGUACAUGAAUAAGGAGGGAUGUGAAAGAGGCAGGUCAAGUUGAGGAAUCAAAAAUCGGAUUGGAAUCCCGUAUGCAAUCCUUCGUUUUUUGAGGGGAGAUACAUCUGAUUGCCAAAAUGGGGAUUUAGAAGAUUUACGGAAAGCUGGGGGCAAGUAAGUCGAGGAAAAUUGGGGAUUGUAGAGAGCAGCAUGGUUGAGACCCGGGAUGAAGCAGGCCGUGGUGUAUGUGCCCUUUCUGUAUCUGAGCAAUCAAAUUUCCCUUGCAGGCAACCACUGAUCCAUCUUAUUCUCUUGUUGCUCGGAUGACAAUCGCAGUUGGAUUUCCCUUUUGGAGCGGCUGUGGCUUGUGGGGUUGGCAUAGUUGAUAACUAGUUGGUGAAUGUACAGUUAAAUGGGGGACCAGGGCAGGAAAAGAAAAUAGGCAAUUAAAUCGGAAAAUUGUAGCUGGUUAGAAUAGUCUAUCUUCUUAAUUAUGAGUCUGAACAUUGUCAUUGUCUGUAUUGUGGCAACAGCAAACCAGCAUAUUUCGAGUCUUACCGGACCUAGACAUUCAACUGAAAGCGGCAAAUAGAAGUUAGUUCUAAUCCCUGCUCGAUACUCCUCCGAUCUGUAUGUCUGAUUUGAGUUAUACUCAGUUUUCAAUUUCCUCUGGUUCA